CGAAAGGAAAAAAACAAUUGUUGUAUGUUUUGAGUCUGCUGAAAUAUUUAUGGCUUUUAGGAACACAAUAAGCUAAUGUUUGCUAUAGUUCGUCUAUUAUUUAUAUGGUGUUUCGUUCCUUGGAACAUUAUAUAUAUUAUGAAGAUUACCUGAUGAAAGAACAUUUUGUAUCAAGAAGAGAAAGCAGCAGCAAUAGUGCUGCUAAUGGUGCUUUGGCACUGUUACUAUUGUCCUCCUAGCAAAACAAUGGAGGAACCAGCGAAAAAGAAGCAACGUGUUGAAAACAAUGAUGUUGAGAGGGACACAUUAUCAGAUAUCGAGCAGCUUCAAAACAGCCUGUUGGCACAAUGCUUAUGCAACAUACCAGAAAGCAGUUUGCGCAAGCCUUUCACCAGUGCAACAGUGGAAGCUACGGAUGGCACUUUUCGAUCUUCACUGUUAUCAGAGUGGGGAACAGAUCAGACUUUAGAGUUCCUAAGCGCUUUGCAACUUCUGUUUGAUUUGGCCAUUAAGCAAAACACCAGGGGUGUAAUGUGCAGAAGAGUGGUAGAUGUUUGUGAUGCGCUGGCGCGAAACGAGCAUGGCAUUAUAGAUCAAAUAAUCGACCUAUCCUGUACAACAAACAAAUUCAUAUCGUUUUCUGCUAGUAGAGUUCUCGCAUCGUUUUUUAUCGUAACAAAAGAGAAUAUUGAUACAACAUGGCUGGAGAGAUUAACACAGUCUUUAGUAAAUACUCAUUCUCCGAGUCAAAUGUUAUUCACUUUGGAUAUUGUAAAAAGAGUUGUAGAACAUAAGGACUGCAGUAUUCACCCUCUUGAGGAUACAGAUACCGUAAUGCAACCGACGCAUUGUAAUACUAUAACGAUUUCAGAUGCAGAAAGUUUCGAUAGUACACCCGUAAAAGCAAUGUGCGUGAAAGCUUUAGAGUCUAAAUGGACCAUACUAGUAUCAAAAUUUGAUGCCAUUCUUAGUUCGUAUACGCCACAACACGAGUCAGUCGUUAUCACAUUCCUCGAUCUGUGGGAAUCUAUUAUCUCCGUGAAAGCUAACUUGUCUGUUAUUGACACAAAACUUUUUUAUUCUCAGUUAGACAAUCUGGUUGUACUUUUGAAUGCCAAUGUUCCUGGUGUAAUUUGGAGACAUCUUCUUGGAUUAUUUAAUGAAGUAUUAUGUUAUGGAAGCACUUUGGCAUUGCAAGAUGUACUUCCAGACGAGCCUUGCUCUCUUGCACACUUAAUUGUACGUGCCGUAAAAGAUUGGAGAUUAUUAGAUGCUCUGCCGUAUCGAUAUGGUUCUGGAAGAUUUGGAGGCGGUACUGGAGAAGGUGAUCGUCCCCUUUUGCAAAAGAUAGUGUUGUUAGUUUUAAAAAGUGUCGCUGUGACUGUUAAAGAGACACGUAGCGAUUCUAGUGACUCUUCUUUGGGCUCUGAAGCUGAAGAUCUUGAUGCUGAUAUGGCGGUCAUUGAAAGAAGCAUACGAGAAGUCUUGCGUCAACUGGAUCAAUGUGUAAAAGCACUGAUGCCGUUUCACCCUGAAAUGCCUUUGUCACAAUGGGUUGUGCAAAUGUUUCAUGAUCAAGAUGAUUUUUUGAUCGAAGGCAUGGUCUGUUGCUUAGAUGUAGCAGUUGGUUUAUUUUAUAGAGGACCACCACAAAAUGAUCUUGGUCACAUGCUUAGUCCAACUUUAACAUUCGUACAGUUUAUACAUGCUGUAUCUCAUGAUCCAGAUGUUUUGUUAGAUUUACUUGUUAGUAAUGAAACAUGUUUCUUAUUAUACUUAUUGAGAUUCUUGAAGUACAUUAAACGAAACUGGACAGAGUUUAUCUCUUGUUGUGGAAGAGAGUUAGAUGAUACCAUGACAAUAUUGAUAAGACUUCGUUUAGCAAUCGAUAGAUUAGUAUCUAAAGCUUUGUUUCCUUAUAACAUAAAUCCAGUUCUACGUUUGUUAGAAAAAUGUGAGUCCUUCUAUGAAGGUAAUAUAGAAAAUUAA